GGCGUCAAAAAAACGAAUCUACUUCCGGAGGUCUCUGCUUAAACGUUCCAAAGCGCGUUGCUCCUUUUUCUUUUCUGUGUGACACUUCCUUAUUUGGUUAUUAUAUCACUGACAUGCCAUGGAAGGCUCAGAUUCAUACCUCAUACGACCCAACUAUCAGCACAAAUUCAAGCCUGCAGUUGUAAAGGAGUGCAUUCGUGAAACAGUGAAGGCCUGCUUAUCCGAAGUACAAUAUGACCCAGAUGAGGUUUCAGAGCUAACCCGCACACUGGCUGACAGUGUGAAGAAUAAAGUGAAGAAGUUAGGGUUUGACAGGUACAAGUUUGUUGUGCAGGUAACCAUCGGAGAGCAACGCGGACAAGGAGUCAAGAUGUCGUCAAGGUGUUUAUGGGAUGCUGAUACAGACAACUAUGCAGAAGAUGUUUUCAUGAAUGAAAGCUUGUUCUGUGCGGUGGCCGUGUUUGGAAGCUAUUUCUACUGAACAGCCGGGAGAACGAAUGUGGAGGAGGAUGGCAGCUGUCGAGGUCCUUUGGAGACUCACGAUCAUUCUGAGUUUUACAUUUUGACUUCUUGUCACUGUAUGUGGUCCUUUAUGGUGGCAUCUUACUGAGUGGCGUAGGCUUGCAAGUGUUUGCAAACACAGCAACUGUUGUUUUGUCGUCAGAUUUCUAAGAGGUUGCAAAGACGUUGGGCAGAUGCUCGCAAACAAUUUUAAUGGUCACAGACAGUUGUUCUUGUCACCAUCAAAUUUUGAACAUGUUCAAAAUUUCUUUGCGCAACCAUUCACCGCUCAAUGAGAUAUUGGCUGUAUGAUUGAAAAAAAAUUGAAAAUGGACAACACGCAUCUUACUGAAUCAAUAGAAACCCAUGAGAAAGAAAUUGAUAAUUAGAUUCAUAUUAAUUAUCCCGAAAACUACUACAGGUUGAAGAUUCUUAUUAUAGUGCAUUGCUAAACUGUGUUUGUGGUGCAUGCAUAAACGAGAUCAUAAAAUGAUUGACCCCCAGAUCAUUUGUCCCAAUACCCGUUUGUGUGAAUCACUACCCAAAAGCAGUGCUUCGUUUCAAAAACGGGGUUGACCCCUGCAUUAAAUUACCAUGUUGGUGGAUUAGUACAUCUCCAACCGUGUCAAUCAAAACUGAGUAUUCUUACCUUUGCUACAGCUCUUCAGUCAUUUUUCAUUCCAUUGUGUUGUUGUGAUGAAGUGUCAGUAUAGUGUGUAUUUCAGCAGUUGUUGAAACUGCGUCGUUCAUGAAUAUGAAAUCAGAAGUCAUUUAAAAUGUGAAAUGGUCAUUUAUUUUCUUUGUGCCUCCAAAGAGAAGAUACCUAAGAGGUCCUCCAAAAAUGCUCACAAAUGUGUUUUGUCUUUGCUAACACUUAAUGAGAUAAAGGCUUCAGCUCCUGCUCCUGCCACUCAACCAUGGAGCACUGGAAGAAAAUUGAUGGAUGGAAAUCAUUCUUGCUGAAGCAAUCAGAGUUUCAGGCUUUUCUUCAAUUCACAUUUUUUCCCCUUGGGGCAUUGGAUUGAUCACAACUGCGCUGCUUUGGUUGUCUUGGAAAAUGUUUCGACUCUCAAUCAAGAAGGCUAGUCAGUCCUAACCAAGCCUUGUUGCAUGAACUGAUGAAGCCUUCUCGGAUGAGAGGCGAAAGUUCUUCUCGGACAACCAGAGCCAUCUUACAUUAAUAAUAAGUAAAAUUCAGAGGUUCGUGUGUUGUUCCAGAAGGCUCCAUUUGAAGGCUCUCCUGGAUUCAGUUAUGCCUACGCACUGAUGAGGACAGAUUUUCCUCUCCUUAUAUCCGAGCAGUUGUUUCCGAGAGUGGUUAUCACUUCAUAUGUUCAGUUGAUUGAGGAGCAUUACGCAUCUGUCUGUAUGUAAGCACAGAAAACUUGAAAGUGCCUUGGGAGAUGAGAUGUUGCCAGAAAUUCUGAGCUGGCUUUGUACGAGAGGCCGUGGCGUUUGCCAGGCAAUCACUGGUCACCUGCAAUUGCAUCUCAAUAAAUUUGAAUAUCACAGAGAACGUAUUUCA